UCGUUUAGCGUUUCGUCCAAAAUUCAAAAUGGUUGCCUGUUUUGUUAAUAGUUCUGUGUGAGAAAACUUUUUUUUCCUUCUUCCAUAAAUAAAAUUGCAUAAAAUAUUCCCCUUUUGCAAAAUAAAACUAUGUCCAAAAACAUUAACAAAUCAAUUUCCCAAAUUCAAAGUGCAACAAAGUGCAAAGUGUUAAUAUAAUCAAUUUAAGUGCCAAAACUCGAAAAGUGUUCCAUCUGGAAAAAAUUUACAAAAAAAAAAAAAAAGAGUAUCAAUUAAAACACACAUACAGCUCGAGUCUUCUCUACGAGAAAAGAAAGAAAGAAAAGAAAAAAAAAACCCAACAAAAGAAAAAUAUAAAUGAAAUAAAAUGAUUAAGAAAUAUUUUGUUUAUUGUAAAAAAACCAAAAGAAUUUGUUAAAUAUUUUUUUCAUUUCAAUGUAAAAUUUUGUGAAUAAAAAAAAAUAAAAAAAAAAAAACAAAAAAAAAAGAAUUAUUUCCUUGUGGAUAAAGGAACUACGCCACUACCACCAUCAUCAUCAUCAAAAGCAGCACCACCACAAGGAUAAGAAGAAAGAGAGGAGUCUCGGCCGCCCCCUUUUUUGUGCGCCUAUCAAACAAAUCAAUCAUCGCCUUUUCAUCAUCGUCAUCUUCAAUCGUUUCGUCUUGCUCUUUCUUGCGCGUUCUUUCGUUGACUUGUCGUCGUUGUCACGUUCACACGUCGUCCGUCGCCCUCUUCCUUUUUUUUUCUUCCUCUUUUUUUUUUGUUGUAUUUAAUUUUCUUCGUUUUUUAUUUUUUUUUUGUUUUAACAAUUUGCAAGGAAGCGCAUUUCAACAAACUUCCUUUUGUGUUUUGUAUUUCCACCAUCUUCCCCCCUCUCCCUCCCUCUCACACUAUUGUUUGUUCGUUUUUUCAAGCAUUCAGCGGACUACUUAACAAAAAGAUUAAUGAACAUAAUUUUGAAAUCAAGAAAGGGCAAUAAAAGGCUUAACACUGGACGUGAAAAGUGUUUUUAAAGGGUAAUGGCGGCCUCCACUCAAGGAGAAAUACGAGUGGGUCCCGGCCACCAGGUAAUCGAUGUCUAUGCAAAACUGCCCGAUUAUAAUCCAAUUUCAAGUUUUCCCGUUGAUAAAGAAAUCGAUGAGCGUGAAUUAGAAGAACCACGAUGGAGUCCUGGAAUAGUUGCCGAUGGAGAUUUAAUAAUGUUUGUACGUGCAGCACGUUCCAUGGCAGCAUUUCAAGGCAUGUGUGAUGGAGGUUUAGAAGAUGGUUGUUUAGCAGCAAGUCGUGAUGAUACUACAAUAAAUGCACUUGACGUUUUACAUGAUUCCGGUUAUGAUACAGGAACCGCCCUACAAGCUCUAGUUAAGUGUCCAGUUUCCAAAGGAAUUGAUAAAAAAUGGACAGAAGAUGAAACAAAAAAAUUUAUAAAAGGUCUAAGACAAUUUGGCAAGAAUUUCUUUCGUAUUCACAAAGAUCUAUUACCGCACAAAGAAACCCCCGAGCUUGUUGAAUUCUACUAUUUGUGGAAAAAGACUCCAGGCGCUAAUAAUAAUCGACCACAUCGUCGUCGGCGACAAUCAUCGUUGCGCCGUAAUCGUGUAACACGUGCCAGUAACGCACCACCAACGAAAAAAGAGGACACACCCGAACCUCAAGUACCAAUUGAACCAAUUCCCGUAGCUAAAGAAGAGAACAGCUCAUUGACCGAAGACGAAGCCAGUGAAUGUGAUAGUGAUUCAAGCUUAACCAACAAAAGGGAUGAAUCACCAUCUAGAAUGAGGACACGUAAUAAACCACAACAAAACAAUAAUAAGGAACAAGUGGCAAAUGGUAAGAGACCGAAACGAGGUGGAACCGAAACGCCAGAAGUUACCGAUACAAACAGUCCCAAAACACCAACCAAAACGGAGAGCAAUAAUAAACGCAAGCAGGCGAAACAGGAUACGCCUAACAAGAAGAAGAGGUCCGAUACGGACGGAGACAUCACCGAUGAUAGUAAGGAGAAGAGAAAGAGAUCGGACAGUCCGGUGGAGAGCAUGAAUUCGGACAGUCGUCCCGAUUCGGUGCUGGAUGAGGGUGAAAAUACAAAUGAUACACCUGAUCCACCGCAGUUGGCUAUUGCUCCGCCCAAAGAAGUCGAAGAUAAAGUGGUGGACGAAAAGGUUAUCGUUCCUGUUGUUGUUGAACAUCAAGCUGUGAAAGUUGAAAAAGAACUGGAACAGGACGAAGAAACCAACCAGCAAGCACCGAUUGUUGUAGUUCAGCAGCCACAACAGUUAUCGCCAGAGAAACAGUGUCCUGAUGAAAUCGAGAAAAUGCCACAACCGCCGAUAGUUAAUGAUCAGUUAAAUGAGAACGAUGUGUCACAGGAAAUACCGGUGCAGCUUCCUGCUGUUAUUCCACCUCCAGAAGAGAUGGUUAAUAAUGGUGGCUAUGUUCCCAAGGAACAGGAAAUGCUCUCUAAGAUCGCCAACAUGAAGCAGGAGACGAAUAUUGCCCUGCAACCGGCUGUUAUCGGAGUGGUACCACCACCAACUCAGCCCGUACUAGCACCAGUAGUAGUACCACCUCAACCACCAAUGGAGUUUUCAGCUAAAGAAGUGUACAUUAAAAAAGAACCACUGGACGAUUCGUCUUCAAUGGAUGCAACAUGUAAUCAAAAUAGCAAUGAACCACAAGACCUGAAGGUCAAAAUUGAGGUCAAGAGCGAGGAACCCAAGCCAAAUGUAAAUAUUUCCCCAGCUGGCAUGUCUGUUGGACUGCCACCUCCGUCAGCGCUCAAUCCUCAAGCGUGUGUCAACGAGAUGCCAGAGCAUAAAUACGACACUCAACAGCCACCACCUCCAUUCGAUGGUCACAUCAAGUUUAACAAUCCCAGCAGCGAAAUGAAAUAUCCUGGAGAUAUUGAAAUGAAGUACAACGAUCAAAUCAAGUACAACCCAGCAGGCGAGGUUGUUGCGAAAUUCCCUCAUGAAAUGAAAUAUCCACCGCCAUGUGAACCGAUGAAAUAUGGACAGGAGUUGCCAGGCAAAUACGAAUUAAAAUACGGUAUGGAGCAUGGCGGCUUGCCACCAAAGUCAUUCAAUGAACCUAUCAAAAUCCCAGAUCUCAAGGCAUAUCAGCAGCAGCAACAACAUCAACCCCAUCAACCGCCGCCUUCACAGGAGAACCAACAGAUGAAGUAUCCUCCAUUAGGUAGCGGUGAUUCCAAUCAACAACAGCAGAACCCCGUUGCAAUGCCAAAACCACACUAUCAGGCUGACAUUCAUUCUUUGUCCCGCUCGCCUUACGAUUCGAGCAUAAUGCUUAAAUAUGGCGAUCCAAUGGGUGCUAAAUAUGGUCUGGGACCACCACCUGGACACCAACAGCCGCAGGAUUUGAAAUACCCUCCACCGGAUGGUGCACUCAAAUCGGCCUACCAUGGGGAAAAUCUUAUCAAAAGUAGUCCGUUUGGUGAUCCUCAAGGUGUUGUCAAUAAGUAUCCGCCUUCAGAAAGUCCCAUUGACGCUUCGUCUCGGUCUACACCCGGUCAGGAUAGUCAGGGAAGUAAUAGCAAUUCGCAGCAGUCACAACAGUUUCAUUCACCACAUCCCUCACCCCAUAUGCCUUCAGCUGUGCCCGCGGGCAUGCACCCACAGAACUUGGUUUCGCAGCAACAUCCUGGUAUGCCACCGAACUCGUUGCAUCAUCCAACACCCACACACCCAGGAAUGCUCAGUUCGCUGGCUUCACAACAGCAACAAUUGCAGCAUCAGCAUCAACUUCAACAACAGCAGCUUCAACAACAACAUCAACAACAACAGCAACAACAACAACAACAGCAAGCACAACAAGUGCAGCAGCAACAACAACAGCAACAGCAGCAACAACAACAGCAGCAGCAACAACAACAACAGCAACAACAACAACAACAGCAGCAACAACAACAGCAGUCACAAAAUUCCAACUCGUCGAAUAUACAAACUUCAUCUUCAUCAAGUAUGUUAAUGCCACCAUCAUCGGGUCCAAACAUACUAAUGCCACCAAGUUCGUUGCAACAUAUGCAACCUGGUGGGCCAAGUCAUUUGCCGCCACUGCAUAGACCACACCAAGAUAUUCCACAAUCUCUUCAUCAUCCUGGUAUUCCUCUCUCCCUACAAGGACAUGGUGGGCAUGGAAUUCCACCUCCUCCACAAAGUCAUCAUCCUUCAUCCAUGCAACAGCAAUCGCCAGCUGGACAACAACAAGGAGUACGAACGCCAUCACCUGCUCAACAACGCCCCAUGGAGUCUCAAAAUAAUUCAAACUCCCAAAACAGCAAUAGCCGGGAACAGCAAAUGCAACAGCAGCCUCCUCAUCGAACAUCACCUCUUCCGGGACUAUCGAAUCCACAGGGAAUGCUUGGUCACCCAAUGCCGCUUCACCCUCACAUGCACAUGCAAGGUCACCCAGUGCACCAUGCAGCCCAUAUGAUGGGUGGGCCUGGAAUGGGCGGUGCAGGAGGACCUGGUGCUCCUCUGUCUCUGAUCGGAACAGCGAUGAGCGGACUAAACGACUCCGGAAUUAGUAGACGUACCCCACCUGUAGGUGGAAUUCCUUCGUCGGUGUCAUCCGCUUCCUCUGUACAAACCACAACAACGGUGCCAUCAUCUGCAUUUAGCCGAGCAAGUCCCAGCGUCCAAAACAGUUCAGGACCAUCUCAAGGACCUCCACAAAUGCACAUAAACUCCUCUUCUGGUUCUUCCUCUCAUCGACCGUCAUCUCCAGCAUCUAGUGGAGGCAGCAUAAGCCGCCAAUCUCCUCUCCACCCAGUGCCACAGAGUCCUCUAGGUCAUCACCCCUCUGCAUCGGCUCUUUCAGCUGCCGCAGCUGCAGUGGCUGAACGCGAUCGUCAUGCUUUGCUACGUCAACAAUCACCGCAUAUGACUCCCCCACCGGUGUCUAGUGCAUCAGCAUUAAUGGCCAGUCCUCUUAGUAAAAUGUACGGCCCUCAGGCUCAACGGGGUUUGGGAACUUCACCACCUCCCCAUUUGCGUCCUGGUGCAUCACCGCCCGUGAUACGACAUCCGCAGAUGCCACUUCCUCUUCCCUUAAUCGGACCUGGAGCGGCAAUGCCCCAAAUGGGAGUGCAUCCAGGUCAGGCGCCAUACCCCCAUCACCUGCUGCACCCUUCAAUGUUCUACUCGCACCAUCACAAUCCUUUCAACUCACCUUACCCAUACCAUCCGUAUGGUCCUGGCUUCCCAACGGCGUACAUGAAACCUCCUCCGCCGGCGGGACCACUCGAUCCAGCGGCGGUUAUGGCUCACCAUCAGGGCAUACCACCACAAUCGACAGCAACCCGUCCCGAAGAGAGCUCACACUCGUCGGCGAUGGAUAAGCAAAACAUGCAAAAUAUGCAGCACAAAAUCAAACCACCCACACCAAAGACGCCACAAGGUAGCAACAGUGGCAAUAGCGCUAGUUCAACUCCAACCGGUGUUGGAGGACCAGUCGGACCAGGUGGACCCGGCUCAGGUGGAGGAGGCGGAGGUGGAGGUGGUGGUGGUCCACCACCACAAUCUCAGUAUCCUGGUUCUCAUCCCGCUUAUCCACCACAGCAACAUCCAGCGUUCCAAGAGAACUCUCCAACGCUCGUCAAGCCUACAAGUCACAUGGACGCGUUGCGUGCACAUGCGCACUCGGCGAGUAGUAAUUUAGGCAGCCAUCAUUCAACUGAACCUUUACCAAUCGAUAUUGAACCAGAUCCAGAGCCAGAAAUUCCAAGUCCUACGCACAACAUUCCUCGUGGACCUAGUCCCGAGGCUAAACCUGAUGACACCGAAUGCCAUCGAUCACAAUCUGCAAUAUUUGUAAGGCACAUUGACAGAGGAGACUACAACUCCUGCACAAGAACUGAUUUGAUAUUCAAACCAGUUGCUGACUCGAAAUUGGCACGCAAACGAGAAGAACGUGACCGAAAGAUUGCCGAAAAGGAAAGAGAACGAAGACAGCAACAACAACAGCAGCAACAACAACAGCAACAGCAGGCCCAGGCUGCCCAACAAGCUGCUCAACAGGCCAAACUUAAAGCUGAAUUGAAACCUCCCUACGCUGAUACACCUGCCCUUCGACAGCUUUCCGAGUAUGCAAGGCCACAUGUUGCAUUCAGCCCUGUUGAACCGAUGGUAGCACCAUAUCAUCACCCAAUGGGGCCAAUGUAUAGUAGAGAGAGACAAAAUUACUUCUUUUUCGGUAAUUACAGGGAACUUGAAGACCUGAAGAACGCACAAGCAGCUGCUGCUGCAAGCCAAUCACGAUUGGAUCCACACUGGAUGGAAUACUAUAGGAUGAGAGGAAUGCAUCCUUCGCAAUUCCCACUAUAUGCGAAUCCCGCUGCAAUAUCACAAAUGGAAAGGGAACGCCUCGGAAUACCACCACCACAUCACGUUAGCAUGGAUCCAAACGAGCACAUGAUACGAUUGACCCGAGAAUAUCAUGCACAUUCUCAUACUCAUUUACAUUUGCCUUCACAGCAACAACAGGAAGCCGGAUUUCAACUGCCACCGAAUGUUGGACCAUAUCCGAGACCAAAUAUGCUUAUGCAGAGGGAACCCCAUUCGGAUGUUUUACUUCGGAUGUCGUACGCUGAUCAGCUUCAGUAUUUACAGGCGGCUGAAUUCCAAAGGCAAUCCCUUCAUGAUCAGUAUUUCAGAAAUCAAUUGCGUUGAGCAGUCUUUGAACUUUCAACAGCAAAAACAUAUAUAGCAAUGGUGAUUUGAAAUUAUUUCUAAAGAAUCUUUUAAAACAAAAAACAACAGUGUAAUAUAAAUAUAUACACGCAUACACUAUAUAAAUACACAUACACAAAAUCUGUAUUAUUAGAUAAAAAAAAUGAAAAACAAACAAAACACAAACAA